GACAAGUUCUUAUCAGCCAAGCUCCUAAAGUAGGGCUGCUUGGGAAUUGAUCCUCACUGAAGGAUGGCUUAUCACAGGCACGCAGGGCCUACCAGCUACACAGUGGGCACCAUGUCGGAGCGCUUUGACUGCCACUAUUGCCGAGACAACUUGCACGGGAAGAAGUAUGUGCAGAAGGAAGGGCGCCAUUGUUGCAUCAAAUGCUUUGAGAAGUUCUGUGCCAACACCUGCGCCGAGUGCAAGAAGCCCAUCGGGGCCGAUUCCAAGGAGCUGCAUUUCAAGAACCGCUACUGGCACGAAAACUGCUUCCGCUGCUUCAAGUGCUCUGCGUCUCUGGUCAACGAACCCUUCAUGCUGAAGGAGCACAACAAAGUGUGGUGUAACAAGUGCACCAUGGAUCAGGCCCCCCACUGCAAGGGCUGCCAGAAACCCAUCGUGGCAGGUGACCAGAAUGUGGAAUACAAGAAGACAAUCUGGCACAAGGAGUGCUUCACCUGCAGCCAGUGCAAGCAGGUGAUUGGCACCGCCAGCUUCUUCCCCAAGGAUGACGAGAUCUAUUGCACCUCCUGCCAUGAGCAGAAAUUUGCCAAGACCUGCACAAAGUGCAAGCAGGCCAUCACCAGCGGAGGGGUCGCCUACCAGGAACAGCCAUACCACUCCGAAUGCUUUGUGUGUGCCACCUGCUCCAAGAAACUGGGAGGGCAGCGCUUCACGGCCGUGGAGGAUCAAUUCUACUGCGUCGAUUGCUACAAGUCCUUUGUGGCCAAGAAAUGCAGCGGUUGCAAGAACCCCAUCACAGGUUUCGGGAAAGGCACCAACGUGGUCAGCCACGAAGGCCACUCCUGGCACGACUACUGCUUCAACUGCAAGAAGUGCUCUGUCCCGCUGGCCAACAAGCCCUUCGUCUUCCACAACGAGCAAGUCUACUGCCCCACCUGCGCCAAGAAGCUGUAAGGGGAGGAGCCAGGGGCAAUGGGGGGGGGCUGCUGCGGCUCACCUCUUCCCUGGAGGGGUGCGAUCCAUGCGCUUGGAGACAACCUGCCCACCCGCCUGCCUGCAUUUUAGGCCUUAAGAGGUGCCCGUCAUCUCCCCCCUCCCCACCUGACAGGUGGUGUUCAAUAAAAGCUCUGCCUUAGCAUCCUACCUGCCGCUAACCUUGCUUAAAAUCACUUUUGUUUUAAAAAAGGAAAGGUUCAACCUCGCUGGCACCCUUUCACUUUCUCGCCAUGCUUUGCAGGUGCCGGCCGAAGUUUAGGCUCAAGCUUCGCACAUCCAAAUGUACUCACCGAUAAGCAGGGUGGAUUUGAUUUAAAGCACGAUACAGGAAGACUUGAUUUAAAUCCAAAAAAAAUUUUUUUUGCAGAAAGGUUCAACCUCGCUGGUAUCCUCUUGCUUUCUUGCCAUGCUUUGCGAGUGCUGGCUGACGUUUCGGCUCAAGCUUUGCACAUCCAAUUUACUGCACUUUCCUGUCUAUAAGACCCCCCUUUCUGUGAGACGCCCCCUAUUUUGAGGGACUAAAAAUUUGCAAAAUGGGGGGGAUUCCCCAAAGUUGUUAUGCUUUUUUUAGGGGGUUUUGCUGCAAAUCGCCCACUCGCCGUGGUUGCCAAGGGGUCUUUGAAGCCGGCACCUUGUGCCAGAUUGGCGGGGUAUAAAUAAUAAAUUAUUAUUAUAACCUCGUCUUCUACAUGGAAAAGUACUGUACAUGCUGAUAACUGAGCUCAUACAGCUAAUUACAGUCUUUUCCCGUGUAUAACAUGCCCCUUGUAUAAGAUGCCCCCUAUUUUGGACUGGACCUAACUUUAUUUGGAGGGACUCAAAAUUAAGAAAACGGAGGGAGAUUGCCCCCGGGCAUAAGACUACCCCUCCCUUUUAAAAUAUAUUUUUAAAGUAAAAACAAAAACAAACCCUAGUCUUAUACAUGGAAAAGUAUGGUAGGUGACUAACUUCUGAGUGAGCAGUAAGAUGAGGGCUGAAAUCACACGGCUGCUUUUGAAAGGGAAUUUUUUUGCUUUUCCU